CCAACCCCCAGACACUGUCUCCUGUCAAUCGGUUCACCACGCGGACUAGACCUUACUCCAAACUAUCCUCGUUACCCUUCUCUCUUUUUUUUUAAUCGCGCUUUGUCGGUCUGUUUGUUUCGUAGGUUUAACUGGGUAAAUCGAUAAUCUCAGAAAAAGUGGUUAAUACUUUUGGAGUUGUGAAAUAUUCAGGGAGAGGAAGAGGGGACCUUCUGUGGUUUUUUUGUAAAAUUGGGGGGCUUUUGGGCUGUGGAAACUCACCAGUUUGAGGAUUCAGAUCGAGAGAUCGGUAAUUGAACACCUCAGAAGAAAAACCACCAAUCAAGAUGGCGUUCGCAGGAUUAAAAAAACAGAUAAACAAAGCCAACCAGUACAUGACAGAGAAGAUGGGCGGCGCAGAAGGCACAAAGCUCGAUGUGGACUUCGUGGACAUGGAGAGAAAAACUGACGUAACAGUUGAACUCGUCGAAGAGCUGCAGAUGAAGACCAAGGAAUUUCUCCAGCCAAAUCCAACGGCAAGAGCCAAAAUGGCUGCGGUCAAGGGAAUUAGCAAGCUAAGCGGUCAGGCAAAGGCCUCUACUUAUCCACAGCCCGAGGGAGUUCUCGGUGACUGUAUGCUUCUAUAUGGAAAGAAGAUGGGAGAGGACAGUAUAUUCGCCCAAGCUUUGAUAGAAAUGGGCGAAGCGAUGAAGCAGAUGGCCGACGUGAAGUAUUCCCUUGACGACAACAUAAAGCAAAACUUUUUGGAACCGCUGCACCAUCUGCAGACCAAGGAUCUCAAAGAAGUGAUGCAUCAUCGGAAGAAACUUCAAGGCCGUCGCUUGGACUUCGACUGCAAACGGAGACGUCAAGCGAAAGGUUCUCACGUUUCAGACGAUGAAAUACGACAGGCUGAGGAGAAAUUCGCUGAGAGCCUUCAUCUUGCACAGAUGGGAAUGUUUAAUUUACUGGAGAACGAUAACGAGGUCGAACAAGUGGCUCAGCUGGCAACCUUCAGCGAGGCUCUCCUUGAGUAUCAUCAACAGUGCACUGAGGUACUGAAAGUGUUGACUGAGACCCUCUUAGAAAAGAAAGAUGAAGCAGCAAAUAGACCAAAGCUGGAAUUCGUCCCGAAGACACUGGCCGAUCUGAAUGUCGAGGGAUUGCCACUCGACCAUAUGAACGGUGGGAACUUCUUUCUGCACGGGUCAAGUCGUUCUGGUUCUCCGGUCCCGAGUGAGAACAAGCGCUCACAGCUCGAGCUGUUUCCGGCUGGUAAUCCGCCGACAUCUACCAAUGCAUCACCAUUACCAUCACCGAGCAAAUCACCAGCGAGAACACCGAUGCCUAAACAGCCCUGUUGCACAGCUCUUUAUGAUUUCGAGCCUGAAAAUCCUGGGGAACUUGGAUUCAAGGAGAACGAAACAAUCACCCUGAUCCAGAAGAUCGAUGAUAAUUGGUACGAGGGAAGUGUCAACGGGCGAACUGGCUACUUCCCAGUCAGUUACGUCCAGGUGAUACAACCGUUGCCAUAAGCUCAUCAUUAACAAACGUGCAAUGCCAAAGAUCCUGCAUUCGUUUAAUUCGCAUAUGAAUCAUCAGUUUGAAGAAAUAACGAGGAGAAGAAUAAUUGAUUAAUCUAAUAAGAAUGAUGAAAGGAAGGAUAAAUGCUCUCCUGUAGCCUAAAUAUUCUACCAGACACAAUUUCAAGUUUUAUGGUUUUAAAAAGAAAAAGCUUAAACCAAUUUUACCCUCGUUUAAGCCGCAAGUAUUCAAGAAAACAACAAAAAAAUUAUAUGAAACAAUUAUAUCUGGAGAUUAUAUACCCUCCCAAACGCGUUACUACCCGACCCAAUAAUCUUCUCCCAGUCCAACAAUAUACGCAUGUUAAUGUACAUAUUAUAUAUAUGAAAAUGUUAUAGUGUCUUUUACUGGAGCAAAGAAUACCCUUUAAAGGUACAGCGAGAUCGUAAUUAUCGUGAAGGGAACAGAAAAUUUGUUAUUGAGAUUUUUUGAUGAAUUUUUCCGAAGGGUUUUACACUUGAAGAUAUUUUUCUUUCAAUUACCGUUUUGAUUGAAAAUUAUGGGAUUUGAAGUUUUUGUUGGGUUGAGGGUAUGCAGGUGGGACAGCCUCUGCCAGACACCUGAGGGAUUUUUUAAUGCAAACAAUAUCAGAUUAUACUUGACUGGGAAUGUUCAAUUGAAUUAAUAUUAAUUGUGAAUCAUUGGUAUCGUUGAAUGUUAAUGGAAAUUUAAUCUACAGAAUUUUUUUUACUCACUUUCUCCGUCAGAUUAUUGUCAUUUGGAAAAAAACAGCCAGACAAGCAUUUAAUUCAUGCAUAAAUAAUGUUCCAACGAGGGAAAUGAACCCAGUUACAUUUAAAUUAGAUGAGGAUUGCCCUCAGAAAACAUUUGUAGAUCUUCCCCCAUUUUGUUGAGAAUUUGACGUACUGCGCAUGCGCAAUCUGCGCGGAAAUCUGUGCAGUAGUGUCAAUAGUGAAUCGACUCAAUGUAGCCGUUCAGGAACGUAAAGAUGUUUAGAAGGGAAUUUAAUUCCAUCAUCUGACGGAGGAUUUUCCAAAACGGAAUUUCGAGUGACAUUUAAUUCAUUGAGUCGAUGACUUUCUGUUAUUAUUUGCGGCUAAACCUCAGUUAAGUAAAAUCUGUGUUUUUUAGAGCAGCAAAUAGUCUCAAAAAUGCUUUCCCACUUGGAUCUCUUCAACUGAUUUGUCAGAGGGUAAAAGGGUGAGAAUUUCAAUGGAUCAUCGUGCUAAUUUAGCUGAUUAAUUGAUUAAUUCCAAUGAAAAAGACAUGUUUUGAGGCUUGGAAAAUAAUGUAACUCAUUGGAGUGAGGAAAAAAAUUACAUUCAUUAAAUUCUCAUUAAUUUUAGUGAUCCCUCGAGAUGAAAAUAUUCAUUGUACUUUGUUUAUAAUUUCCUCUGCAAUGAAUUUGCAAUGAUCAUCUUCAUUUUUCCUUCCUCACUCCAUUUAUCUAUAAAAACUAGUUCUACUGAGUAGUGAGUUUGUAUAUUUUGUGGCAAAAUGGCCGUAAGUGAUUUUGAUUUAUUCAUUCCCUAGUAAAGAAAUGCAGGAAAAAUCUCCAGUUUUGGUAGAUCAUUUCGUUUAGAAGAAUUGUAGUUUGUAAAAUAUAAUUAUAUAUUAAUUAGCCAUUUAGUUUUCUAGCCAACGCCAAGGAUCUCUUCCACAGUUUAAGCCCCCUGCCCAUUUUAUUCAGUAAUUAUUAUUAAUUAAGUUUUCUUUUUUGUUAAUUCACUGGAUCAUUGACAUUUUUGUAUACACUCAUUGUCGCAUGCCUUCAUUUAUUUUGUUUUAAUGUAUUAAUGGUUAUUGAGCCUUAGUUAAUCAGCGGUUUAGUGAUGUUUCAAUUAAUGAAUUAGUUGUCUAGAGUGCGAGUAAAUUCUUGACAUUAAAGGCAGAAUGAAGAAAAUAA